CAUAAUUUAUACAUGGAGCUAAGAGAGGUUUGCUGUUUCUGCUGUACUGAAGGUCCUGCUUAUUCAUGGAAAUAAGAACUGGACUAGAGUCUGUAAAAGAAGCUAAAAGUUUUAAUCAAUUCAGGCAUAAAAAUAAGGUUCAACUGUGAGUCUUCAAAAAGUCCUGUUGUGGGAAACUGAAAGGAAAUUAGGCCCUGGAACUAAUGAAACCAAAUGAUGAAUUGCCGAACACUUUAAUUUGACUUUUUCUUUCCAGUUAUCUCCUGUGUGGAUUUUCAUAAGAAUUUGAUUCCUGAGUGAAUAUUCAGUCUGCUAGUUCAAUAAUUCAAGCUGCUGGAACAAUAAAAGGAAUGGGUACUUAAAUUGGAGAGAAAAUGGAUUUAAAGACAUAUUUGAUAUGUAUUGUCUCAAGUGUUUUCCACACAUCAUCUCAUUUAUUCCCCAGAAUGAUUUCAUUAGGAUGAUGCAGCUGAGGGUCCUGUCUGUUAGAAGGAAAACUAACAAACAGAAAGGACAUCCACACCAAAAACCCAUCUGUACAUCACCAUCAUCAAAGACCAAAAGUAGAUAAAACCACAAAGAUGGGGAAAAAACAGAACAAAAAAACUGGAAAUUCUAAAAAGCGAGCGCCUCUCCUCCUCCAAAGGAACGCAGUUCCUCACCAGCAAUGGAACAAAGCUGGAUGGAGAAUGACUUUGACGAGGUGAGAGAAGGCUUCAGACGAUCAAACUACUCCGAGCUACAGGAGGAAAUUCAAACCAAAGGCAAAGAAGUUGAAAAGUUUGAAAAAAAUUUAGACGAAUGUAUAACUAGAAUAACCAAUACAGAAAAGUGCUUAAAAGAGCUGAUGGAGCUGAAAGCCAAGGCUCGAGAACUACGUGAAGAAUGCAGAAGCCUCAGGAGCCAAUGCAAUCAACUGGAAGAAAGGGUAUCAGUGAUGGAAGAUCAAAUGAAUGAAAUGAAGUGAGAAGGGAAGUUUAGAGAAAAAAGAAUAAAAAGAAACGAACAAAGCCUCCAAGAAAUAUGGGACUAUGUGAAAACACCAAAUCUGUGUCUGAUUGGUGUACCUGAAAGUGACAGGGAGAAUGGAACCAAGUUGGAAAACACUCUGCAGGAUAUUAUCCAGGAGAACUUCCCCAAUCUAGCAAGGCAGGCCAACAUUCAGAUUCAGGAAAUACAGAGAACGCUACAAAGAUACUCCUCGAGAAGAGCAACUCCAAGACACACAAUUGUCAGAUUCACCAAAGUUGAAAUGAAGGAAAAAAUGUUAAAGGCAGCCAGAGAGAAAGGUCUGGUUAACCACAAAGGGAAGCCCAUCAGACUAACAGAGGAUGUCUCGGCAGGAACUCUACAAGCCAGAACAGAGUGGGGGCCAAUAUUCAACAUUCUCAAAGAAAAGAAUUUUCAACCCAGAAUUUCAUAUCCAGCCAAACUAAGCUUCAUAAGUGAAGGAGAAAUAAAAUACUUUACAGACAAGCAAAUGCUGAGAGAUUUUGUCACCACCAGGCCUGCCCUGAAAGAGCUCCUGAAGGAAGCACUAAACAUGGAAAGGAACAACGGGUACCAGCCGCUGCAAAAUCAUGCCAAAAUGUAAAGACCAUCGAGACUGGGAAGAAACUUAUUGUUUUUAAUACCUUCAGGAUCUCUAGUGAUGUUUCUUUUUUCAUCAAAAAAUUUGUUUAAAAAUAUUUUUUAAUCUUCUUGCAACUGACCUUUUUCAUUUUAACUUUGAUUGUUCUUCCUUUCAUUUGUUAGUCUUGAAUGCUUAACAAUUUUAAAUUUUUUAAAAUAUACCCACUUUGCCUUUGUUGAUUUCUUUAUUGUACAUUUAUUUUCUACUUCCUUGAUUUCUCCCCUUAUGAUUUAUUUCCUUCUACUUACUUUGGGUUUUACUUAUUCUUCUUUUUCUAGUUUCAUGAGAUGGAAGCUUAAUUGAUUUUCAGUCUUUUUUAAAAAACAUAUGUACUUGGCUCACGCCUGUAAUCCCAGCACUUUGGGAGGCCGAAGCGUGCGGAUCACGAGGUCAGGAGAUCAAGACAAUCCUGGCUAACACGGUGAAACCCCGUCUCUACUGAAAAUACAAAAAAUUAGCUGGGCGUAGUGGCGUGCGCCUGUAGUCCCAGCUACCCGGGAGGCUGAGGCAGGAGAAUGGCGUGAACCCGGGAGGCGGAGCUUGCAGUGAGCCAAGAUUGCGCCACUGUACUCCAGUCUGGGCGACAGGGCCAGACUCUGUCUCAAAAACAAAACAAAACAAAAACAAACAAAAAACAUAUGUACUUUAGACUGUAAAUUUUUAUUAAAAACAGCUUUAGCUGUAUCCUACCAGUUUUGCUAUGCCGUAUCUUUAUUGUCAUUCAGUUAGAAAAUACUUUCUCUAUUGUUGUGAUUUCUUCAUUGAUUCAUGGGUUAUUUAGCAGUGUGCAAUAUCACUUAAUCUCCAUGCAACUUAAUUCCACUAUUGUCAGAAAAGUGUUUAGAAUCAUUUCAAUCUUUUGAAAUUGCUGGAAUUUACUUUAUAAUCCAGGAUACAGCCAGUUUUGGCAAAUUCCUUACAUUCUUUGUUCCAAUAUUGCUGCUGACUGUACGUCCUAUCUCCAGAAGAAGAGGGCACAUCCAAAUUCUAAGGUCUAAGCUAGGAAGUGAUACAUAUCACCUGCUCUCAUUCUACUGGCAAGAAUAUAUUCACAUAUCCACAUGGCUUAAUGCUAGGAGCUUAAUGCUUAAUGCUAGGGGCUUAAUGCUAGGAUGGAGGCAAAGCUGAAUUUUCAGAACAGAUUCUCCCCCUAUAAGACAGCAAGACAGUGGCAAGCUGUCCCACACAGAUAGUGUUCCAUCAGAUUGGCCUGAUUUAGACCACUUUCCUACGUUUUACCAGUCGCUGUGGCAAAAGGGAUAGAGAGUAAUCCUGUUGGACCAAGCCCGGAUAUUCAUCUCCUUUAUCAAUAAUAGACAUUGUUAAUUCCACAAGAGCCAGAAAAAACGGGUUCCAAGGGGGUCAGGCGCUGUACCUCAUGCCUGUAAUCCUAGCACUUUGGGAGACCAAGGCGGGCAGAUCACUUGAGGUCAGGAGUUUGAGAUUAGCCUGGCCAAUAUGGUGAAACCCUGUCUCUACCAAAAAUAUAAAAAGUAGCCAGGCAUGGUGGCCUGUGCCUGUAGUCCCAGCUACUCAGGAAGGUGAGGCAGGAGAAUCUCUUGAAACCCGGAGGUGGAAGUUGCAGUGAGCCGAGAUCACACCAUUGCACUCCAGCCCAGGCGACAGUGCAAGACUCCCUAUCUCACACACACACACACACACACGUUCCAAGGAGGAAAGAUGAGUUACCUUACAAAGAAAAGGGAAUAAGCUGGGUGUGGUGGCUCACGCCUGUAAUCCCAAUAGUUUGGGAGGCUGAGGUGGGAGGAUGGCUUGAGUUUAGGAGUUCGAGACCAGCCUGGGCAAUAUGGUGAGACCCUGUCUCAAAAAAAAGUGGGGUGGGGAAUAAGUAGUACCAUACAGAAACUACAGCUAAAAGAAACAAAAAUGGUGCUCACUACAAAAAGUGAGAAAAAGGAAAAAGGUAGCUUCUGGAUUUGGAAAUUCAAAGGUCACUGGUGUUCCUAAUGAGAUCCACGGUUGUGGAGUGGCAGAGAGAAGCCACCUGUGGCGCAGGAGUCGUCAGUAGGAGUCGCAGGAGGAAUGGAUGCAGCAUGGUGGGAGUGGACGUCACUUUCAAGGUGAUCAGCUGUUAAGAGCGGCAAAUACAGCGUCUUGGCUCGAGUUCCCCCAAACGGUGCCCCCUGGAACAAGAAUUUGAGCGCAAGUACAGUAGUUUUUUGGGAGGUGAUCCCAAGAAACAUCAGUAGUCAGGGAAAGGAAGGAAGCCAACAGAAGAUGCCUUGAUGAGCAAGUUACAGCUGUGGACAACUGCAGCCGUACCCUACAGAGGACCACUGCAGUACGCCUAGGACACAUGCCUCCCCGCAGGGCACGUGCGGAGGGCGAGGGAGCCAGGGCAUUCUCGACCAACUCUAUCCCUCGUGGAGGGAGAGCAGCUGGGAGGGAAUGCAAGCACCCAGCACCUCUAAGUCUGCCCCAUUUCUGCUCUGACCAGGCUCUCCCACAGCCAGCGAUUGCCUACAGGUGGAGCCGGUGCGCAAGACAGGCGAGUGAGUGCCUGGCGGCCCUGCGGAAUUUGGGCAACGAUGGGAAGGAGAAGGGCGCUUUUAUAAUGUGCUCGGGUAGUUACCGUGAGCAUCGGGGAACAGGAAGGGGAGAGGCCCCAGGGUGUUCUUUAUCUAAAGGAGAGUAAAAGAUGCAAGGCGCAGGGCUGAUGUGGGUAAUUUAUGAGGGAGUGUAGGAAGUUUGUGGGAACUCCGAUGAUCAUUGUCUUCUCUUUGUCCCUCAAAUGCAGCAGCAUAGUCUUCAGAGUGGGCUAUCAGAACCGAAGGGACUUUUAAGAGCCACUCUCCGCCGCUCAUAAGGGGAAAUCGAGGUCCGGAGAAGGGAAAGCAAGUGGCUGAAUGCCGGUAAAAGGCAGGAAGAGAGCGGAGCCCAGGGCUCCAAGGGGUCGGUUCGGGACCUGCUUCCACCAGCAGAGUCUAAGGUCAUCCCCUUGGCCGUGCGCCAUCCUGGUCUCAGCCGAAGGAAGGAGCACUCGACCCAAACAAAACCGACGCUUCGAGUCUCCGUAGUCGUUAAGCAAAGAGGAAGAGGAAGCGCUUCUUCACUAGGCCACAGGACCGGGCCUUAGAACUUCUGGGUUUUAUCCAUAAAAGGUCCUUUGGCGAUAGAAGGAAAACCCAGAUCGAGCCCUGCAAACUGGGAUCUUCCGCCGGCACCGCCCCCCGGCUGCGACCCUGGGCUCGGAAGGAACCACCCCAGGCCCGGGCUCCGGUUCCACUGCACAGUCCGCGCGCUGCAGUAAAGCCGCGCCCACCGCCGCGGGUCUCCAACCCUGCGCCGCCGCCGCCGCCCUGGGGAGGUUACGGAAAGGGCGCGCCGCGGCCCACGGGCCCCUCCAGAGCGCGGCGGGGCCGGACCGCGCGGAAUCACGGGCCAGAGGCGGGGCCGCGCCGGGGUGGGCGGGCGUGCGGGCGGCGCUUUCCUCUCCGGCAGACGCGCGGGCGCCCGGGCGCGGCGCCGCCGGCACCCGAGAGGCGCGGUAGCCGGGGCGGGCAGCGGGGGCCGGGCCGCGGCGGGCGCCCGGGCAGGGUCCGCGCUGAGCCGCCUUCUCGGCCGGCUGGUCCCUGCGGCGGCUGCCCGGCGGCGCGGGCGCGCGGCCCUUCGCCAUGUACACCUUCGUGGUACGCGAUGAGAACAGCAGCGUCUACGCCGAGGUCUCCCGGCUGCUUCUCGCCACCGGUCACUGGAAGAGGCUGCGGCGAGACAACCCCAGAUUCAACCUGAUGUUGGGAGAGAGAAAUCGGCUGCCCUUCGGGAGACUGGGUCACGAGCCCGGGCUGGUACAGUUGGUGAAUUACUACAGGGGCGCUGACAAACUGUGUCGCAAAGCUUCUUUAGUGAAGCUAAUCAAGACAAGCCCUGAACUGGCUGAGUCCUGCACAUGGUUCCCUGAAUCCUAUGUGAUUUAUCCAACCAAUCUCAAGACUCCAGUUGCUCCAGCACAGAAUGGAAUUCAGCCACCAAUGAGUAACUCAAGGACAGAUGAAAGAGAAUUCUUUCUCGCUUCUUAUAACAGAAAGAAAGAGGAUGGAGAGGGCAACGUUUGGAUUGCAAAGUCAUCAGCUGGUGCCAAAGGUGAAGGCAUUCUUAUCUCCUCAGAGGCUUCAGAGCUUCUCGAUUUCAUAGACAACCAGGGCCAAGUGCACGUGAUCCAGAAAUAUCUUGAGCACCCUCUGCUGCUUGAGCCAGGUCAUCGCAAGUUUGACAUUCGAAGCUGGGUCUUGGUGGAUCAUCAGUAUAAUAUCUACCUCUAUAGAGAGGGUGUGCUUCGGACUGCUUCAGAACCAUAUCAUGUUGAUAAUUUCCAAGACAAAACCUGCCAUUUGACCAAUCACUGCAUUCAAAAAGAGUACUCAAAGAACUACGGGAAGUAUGAAGAAGGAAAUGAAAUGUUCUUCAAGGAGUUCAAUCAGUACCUAACAAGUGCUUUGAACAUUACCCUAGAAAGUAGUAUCUUACUACAAAUCAAACAUAUAAUAAGGAACUGCCUCCUGAGCGUGGAGCCUGCCAUUAGCACCAAGCACCUCCCUUACCAGAGCUUCCAGCUCUUCGGCUUUGACUUCAUGGUCGAUGAGGAGCUGAAGGUGUGGCUCAUUGAGGUCAACGGUGCCCCUGCGUGUGCUCAGAAGCUCUAUGCAGAACUGUGCCAGGGCAUCGUGGACAUAGCCAUUUCCAGUGUCUUCCCACCCCCAGAUGUGGAGCAACCUCAGACCCAGCCAGCUGCCUUCAUCAAGCUGUGAUGGAGGGGCGCUCCCUGCUGCCUUGGAAAAAGCACGGGGUCCUGCUCCAGGGAACGGUGAAAUGACUGGAUUGCUCUUUAUCCACCCCACAGCAGGGGAAAGAAAGGCAACUCGCAAAGAUGAGAUGGAAGAAGGCACGUGAGCAGAGGAGGCAGCUCCCAAAGAGAGGGCUGCUCAGGGAGCUUCCCAGGUGGAGCUCUCAGCAAUGCUGUUGAGACUUUUGAAAAUAACUUUGGUAAACAAAGGCAGCUUUGUGAGCAGAGCUCCUUCCCCUCUCCCCGGGAACGGCAGGGCACUGGGACCUCUGGUCGGUGCCUCCCACCCACUGCAGCCCUAGUGCCUUAGCUCCAUGCCCGGCUGCAGCCCCACUGCUCUGGACUAUGGAUUGGACGUCAGAGCAUAUUGGAGGUUGCCUGUGUGUUCCCCGCCCAUCCCUUCAGUAACACUCUGCCACACUAAGCUCUGUACAGGCAUGCACCAACAGUCCUUAGUUUUGUGCUGUGCACUGGCCUUUUGGCGAAGGUGGUUUCCCUCACCACCUUCCUGAUGGUGUUUGGUCAGUCACCUGUCAGGGUUUGUGCGGGUUGGGCCCCAAAACAGCAUAUGCUGCUCUAAGUCUGCUCUCUGCAUGUUUUAGAAACAAAAUGGCAAGUCUGCCCUGAACCUGUAAGCAUCAAAUAAGCAUGAGAGAGAAAAAACAUGAUAUAUUGCUUUACUUAAUAGGUUGAAUAUGGUAGGUCUUUGAAAAUAUGAUGAUUCAAUUUUCUCAAUUUUCUUUGCUUUAACCAAAAUUCUAAAUGCAGUUUUGCUUAGUUCCCUUAUUUUUUUGACUUUUUUUAUAAACGUUUGUAAAAACCUCUUUGAGGAUCAGGAGUCAGUAAAAUUCCACUCCCCAAGUGGCCCUUCCCAAGACAAAGGUUGCUUUCCCCCUUUUUGUUCUUUUUAUGCCCCCAAGCACUUUCUGCAGUAGCUAGAGGGACAGGUUUCCUUCCAGGAAGGAUUCGAGUUCCUGUGCCUGUAGGUAUUAGGAGAGUAUAUAUCCUGCCUGAAUGGGAAAGUCUUCUAAAAUGGGAAAGAAGUGGUUUCAGCUCCACACAGUGUCUUGUAAAUCUCAGCAAAUGUGUACUGUUAGAAGUGGCUUCCACUUACUGGAUUAACUAAUACUUUAUAGGCUUUUCAGGGGACCACAUCACUAGCAGUAGGGAGAACAAGAUGUCAUUUGUGUUCAGUGUAAGCUGAGUAAACAGGCCCUUCCUAGAGUGUCCUGGAAAUCACAGCAACCCAUUGAAAACUGCCCUCCCCAUCAGAAAGUGCUAUGUUCUUUCUUCAUGCCUAUGUGUGCUCCAUUCCUCGUUUCUACUUGUCUCAAGAAAACAUUUCUGCAGUCAGGUGAGACUUUUACAAAAGAGGAGAAAAUCAAUGCCUCCUUGAACAUGAUGAGAUGUGAGAACUUACAAUGAAAAAGGCAAUAAUGGUAGAAAUUAUUUCUUAGGUACAGCAAUAGUUGAUAGGAUAUGAGGGUGUUACCUUGGGGUGAAGUGGAGAAGGUCCCAGGUGAAUUGGCUCUCAUGGAAAUUUGGAAUUACAAAAUAAACGUCCUGGGGGUUACCCAGAGUACAGAUUUAAAAGUUUGCCUGUAGAGCAAAAUAAAACAGUCAGUUGUAGUUGUUAAUCCUUGAGGCCCAACGCAGCCGAUGGGUUGGUGUUUGGAAAAUUCUGAGAAGGGAAUGAGAUCUGAUCGGAUCCUGGGAAGAUGUAUACCCAGUUAGAACGUGUAGGGUUCUGGGUCCCUGGCAAGUCUAGGUGGGCGGGUGACAGGGAAAGCAUGGGCAUUUUUGUGUUGCUGUCACAUGCUAACACAGGUUUGUAAUUAUCUUUUGGACCCAAAUUAUAGAGACAUUCACGAGUUUUCUAGCCCUCACAGUAACAGAGCUAAGAAUUCAGAUGUCAGGAAGUCUGUGAAUCUUGAUGGAUUUUCUGAGAAACCUGACUCAAUGGCAUAUAUAAGAGGGAAGUAAGACUUUUAAGAAAAGAAAAAGUUAUGCCUCAUUCCUCAUGUGGCUUCCAGUAAGUAUCUUAGGCACUUAUUUCCUUUUUUAAAAUAUUUUUUAAAUUUUUAAAAUUUGAUUUUAAAUUUUAAAUAAAUUUAAAUAAAUUUAAAAUAAAUUUAAAAUAAAAUUUUACAGAGACGUGGUCUCACUAUGUUGCCCAGGCUGGAUUGCAGUGGCUAUUUGCAGUUGUAAUCAUAGCACACUGCAGCCUCGAAUUUCUGGCUUGAGCGAUCCUCCCAUCUCAGCCUCCUGAGUAGCUGAGACUACAGGUGCACACCACCAAGCCUGGCUUUAUGUAUUUAUUUCUGUUCAUGUGGAAUGAUUGGUUCAGAACUGUUCCUUUCCCUACCAUGAUGUCUUUGACACAGAAGGUCAUGCCUGGCUCCCAGUCAGGCUUCAUACUUUUGGUCCAGGUAAGUGCUGCCCGUUGCUGGGGGAGGAGUCAUGGUUUAUUUGAAAAUGUCAGUUGCAAUCAUGGUUCUGUCAUUUGACUGCACAGUAUCAGAGGAGCCUGUUAACCUCUCUGUGCCUUAGUUUCUUAGCCUAUGAAAGAGAUCAUUGCCUGACCCAGGGACUACCUCAAGGGCUUUUGGUGAGGACAAGUGACAGUAGGAAGACACAAGAGCCUUUAGUACCAAGGUUCUCAACACUGACUACAUGCUGGAAUGACUGUGAAGCUUUUAAAAAAUGUUAGUGCCCAUUCUUCCCCUCUCCCGCUGGCCAGUUAAAUCAGAACCUCAGACAGCAAUAUGCCUUGAGAUGCCUUGAACCACGCUUGAGAAGGAAGGACAAACACAUUAUUACCUUGGAAGAAUUGCAUAAGGCUUAUGACUUAAAAAAAAAAUUCUUUUUGGAAACACAAGCAUUUCUUUAAGAAUGACCAGAUGUUGCCAUAUGUAUUUAUGGCACAAGCAGGUGUUCUCUAAGCAGUUUCUCUGUUUGCUUGUCAUAGCGGCAUUUGGAAACUCAAACAUGCUUUCAUUUACGUAAAUAGUUUAUGAAGCUUUGACAACAAAUGUAAACAGACAUGAAAUUAUAAAUCUGCUAAAUAUGUAUUAAGGGUAUUAAUUAUUGAGAGAAAGUCCCUUUCCCCAAAACUCAACUCCUAUGGCAAUUAUGAACUCCAUUUUACCAAGAACAUUUAAGUGCCUCGGCAUCUGUAUGAUAUAGUGGAGCAGGUGCUGACAUAGGUACCAGCUGACAUGAUGUGUCACUAGCUCUGUGGGAUGAUUGCCACAUACAUGGAACACCUGGGAGUGCUGGAAAUGUACUGGAAUCAAAGCUACAAAGUGUGUUUUCAUUCACAGUGGAGGCUACAUCAAGCAAGGGGAGGUCCAGCCCUCUUGCAAGUGUGGUGAGAGGCUCUACUAGCAAAGACAUGGGCGCCGGAGUAGGUCCCGUGUAGCUUGUGGGUGCUGUAGAGAAAAUUCAGUGACGUACCUGGCUCUGGUUCUGGACACAAAAUCUGUACUGGAGAGGAAAUGACUGCUGAAAUAAGGCAAUUGUAUGAAUAUUUAAAAUGCCUGGAACACUAAAGUAAAGUAAUGAUAUUUCAA